UCUGUUCCCUUCCCAGUUUCCUCGCAACUCAGUCUCUCUUCUUUCUCUCUGAUCCGCUCUCUCUCUUCUUUCUCUCUCUCUGUCUCAGUGGUCACUCCAAUCGAAGAAUUUGCGAAUAUCUUCCCACUCUGUCCCCCUUUGUCUAGCACUCAAUAGCCAUAGCUCCCAACUCCUAACCCACAGGUCCCUCGUCACUUUAUUUAGAGAUAUAAAUCCAUGCGUUUGGAGAUGGGCAGAGAGAUACUGCUGCAUCGAAAAAGUGAUAUUUAAAAAGUGGGAACAGGCAAAAAGGUCACACAAAAGGAUUAAAGAAGAAAAAUAAUGGAAGGAAAAAUGGCGAAAUCCAGGUUCAAGCGGGUGUGCGUUUUUUGUGGGAGUAGCACCGGGAAGAGGAAUUGUUACCGCGACGCCGCUGUGGAGUUAGCCGAAGAACUGGUUUCCAGGAAAAUGGAUUUGGUUUAUGGAGGAGGAAGUGUGGGGCUCAUGGGGCUUGUCUCUCAAACGGUCUACCGAGGAGGAGGACACGUUUUAGGGAUCAUACCCAAAACUCUCAUGUGCAAAGAGAUAACAGGAGAGAAAGUGGGGGAGGUAAGAGCCGUGGCCGAUAUGCAUCAAAGGAAAGCAGAGAUGGCCCGUCAUUCCGAUGCAUUUAUCGCUCUACCAGGGGGUUAUGGGACCCUCGAAGAGCUUUUGGAAGUAAUAACGUGGGCUCAGCUCGGUAUCCACGAUAAGCCGGUGGGUCUUUUGAAUGUGGAAGGCUACUACAACUCUCUUCUCAGCUUCAUAGACAAGGCUGUGGACGAUGGAUUCAUUAAGCCAUGUCAGCGCCAUAUAUUCGUUUCGGCACCGAGCGCCAAGGAGCUGGUUCAAAAGCUUGAGGACUAUGUACCAGUGCACAACGGAGUGGUUCCUAAGGCGAGAUGGGAAGUGGAGGAGGUGGAGUAUAAUUCCUUGUUACAGGCGGAGUUUGCUCGGUAACGCGACAGUAGGAAAUAGAAGAAGACAGAGAACGCCACUCACUAUUUUUUCUGCCACAUGCAACAGAGUAACAGAAACCUUCUCUUUAACUUUUGCGCACUUACUCUGAAGUACUUAAUACAUGAUCUAUUUUAUCCAUGAUGUAUCCCUAACUUUUGCGCGCUUAUUCUGAUGUGUCUACCCAACUCACUCACCAUACUCAUGGAUGUAUCUAAUACAUGAUCAUGUAUCUAUGAAAUCAGUUAUUUGUUUAA